AUGCAAGGCGACUUCCUGUACACUGUACUAGUCGUCGCAUUUGAUGAAUCAGUAAAGAGCGCAACUCGCAUCAGCUCUUUGUACAGUUUCUCCUCGGUAAUCACCGGAUUGAUCCUUGGUGGUGUUGUAUUCAAGGUCCGCCGCUUGAAACCUUUCAUCGUCGCCGGAACUUGUCUUUUCGUGGUAGCUUUUGGUCUUCUAAUUUACUACCGUGGCGGCUCUGGCGAUUCGUUGCAUUCCGGCAUCAUCGGAGCGCAGAUAUGCUUGGGCAUUGCAGGAGGCAUGUUUCCAUAUCCUGCACAAGCCAGUAUCCAAGCUGCUACAAAACACGAGCACGUCGCAAUCGUAACGGGCAUUUAUCUCGCUACCUACAACAUUGGCAGCGCGCUUGGUAAUACAGUCUCAGGUGCUAUGUGGCAGCAGAUCAUCCCAAAUGAGUUGGCCCGUCGCAUUGGCGAUCCCUCGCUCGCAGCCGUCGCGUAUGGUGAUCCGUUUGCAUUUGCAACUCUAUACCCAGUGCAAACCCCAGAGCGUAUCGCUGUGAUACAGGCAUACAGACACGUGCAAAAAUUACUCUGCAUCACGGGUAUAUGUCUUGCAGUACUUCUUGUCGCUUUCUCGCUGGUCAUCCGGAACCCGGAGUUGGGCAAGGACCAGAGCCUGAAGCAUGCUGAGGAGGAUGCAGAAGUCAAUUGCUCGGAUAGUAGGUCCUAG